UUACACGCCACAACUUACAACGUGGCCGCGGGGUGGCGGGCGGGGCGCGGGUGGCGUGACGCUUUUGUUCGGCGCGGGAAAACUGCUGUGCACAGUACACGUACGCAACGUUCGUACACGUUUACGUAUUCGGUCCGGAGACAAUGCCCCACGGUUGGAACUAGUCGAACGACCGAGCACCGUGCACCGUCCUCUAACAAUCGACUCGUGUUGGACGGCGGUGUCGGUAACAGAUCGACCAAAGCGCACGCGUCAAUCAAGUGUUCGCGAUAAACACCAACACCGAAACCAACGGCCGCUGUACAGACCGUCGUCUCGACAUGGACUUUGUGAACGCCAUGUUCGUGUGCAUGACGUUCGCGUUCGUGGCCGUGCCGCUGCUGCUCAAAGCGGUCGGCCCGUCCCGGCUGCCGGACUCCGUGCUUCGGCUGUACGCGUACGGCAAGAUCACGGGCGGCGCGCGGCCGUCCGGCGUGCUGAGCGUGCCCAAACGCUGGUACCGGCACUUUUACGUGGCGUCCGCCGUGCUGGUGGCGCUGGCCGCGCUGGCCAUGGCCGACGCGUACUUCUGCGCCGCCGAUGCGUCGUGGCGCGUCGCCGCGUUCAGCCGCCGCUGGCUGUGGGACCCGGUUCGGCACGCGGAACCGUCGUACAGCGCGGCCACCGCGUCCACCGCCGUCGCGAUGGCCGUGCUCCAGUGCGCGCGGCGCACGUACGAGACGCAUUUCGUCAACGUGUUCUCCGACACGGCCGUCGGUCUGUGGUACUACGCGUCCGGUUAUAUGCACUACGUGGGCAUGAUCGUCACCAUCAUGGCCGAGGCGCCGGCCGCGCCGGGCCCCCCGUUCUGCACCGGAUUCGCUGAGGUCGUGCGGCUGGUCGCGGGUGCACUGUUGUUCGCCUGGGCCUACCGCGAACAGUGGCGCGCCAACGUCGCGCUGGCCGCGGUCCGCAAGAGCGACGGCCGAGUGGCCACGCACGAGCACCGCGUGGUCACCGGCGGCCUGUUCGAGCUGGUGUCCAGCCCGCAGAUGUUCACAGAGAUGGUGCUGUACGGCGCGUGGUACGUGGUCCUGUGGGGUAGCUCCGGGUGGAAGUACGUGCUGCUGUUCGUUUGGGGCAACCAGUUGGAGAUAGCGCUCAUUAGUCAUCGCUGGUACCAGGACAAGUUCGAAGACUACCCCCGGAACAGGAAAGCCAUCAUUCCUUAUCUGCUGUGAACUUCACUGUUGCUCCCGUAAUAAAAAUAAUCAUAUAGUGAUAGCAACACGUUUCUCUCAUUCUUUCGACUUCGUCCCCUCUUCAUCACGCAUUGAUUUCCUUCGUUAUACUCACGUAUUCUAAGCUCAGCGCCACUAUAAAAGGUAGCUCUUUGGUCAC